GCUACUUAACCCGGAACUGUGCCUCCCUUCCUCUCGCUGGAGCAGAGUGCGGACCACAGCUGGCCCAAAGAUGGAGGAGUCUUCUGAAGAGGAGCAGAUGGAGCCUAAGGACCUCUCCACAGGCAAUAGGGAGGAGGGUGGCACCUCUGCUACAGAGUCCUGUGAGGAGCAGAUGGAGCCUGAGGACCUCUCCAGAGGCAAUAGGGAGGAGGGUGGCACCUCUGCUACAGAGUCCUGUGGGUCUCGCUGUGUAGCCCAGGCUGCCUUGGAAGUUGCAACAAUCCUCCGGCCUCAACCUCCCCAGUGCCAAGAUGACAGGCACCUGCCACCACGCAGGUUUCCUGGGUGUUCAUCGUGGGAGGACACAACUAGCACAGCCUACUCCAGAGUCUCAGACACCCAGCUGCACCAGAGACGCAGUCGCACAGAAUUCACCAAGCUGCAGCUGGAGGAGCUGAACAAGCUGUUCCUGAAGAACCAGUACCCAGACCUCGACCUGAGGAUGGAGCUGGCCACCAAGAUAAAACUGUCUGAGAACGUGGUGAAGUGGUGGUUCAAGAACAAGAGAGCAAAGCUCAGAAAAAUACUGAGUUCCACUCAGUGCAGCCCAGAGGAGCCACUCAGCAAUGUCACCGUGAUGGACUCCGGGAUGGAGAGAGAGGAGGAGGAAAUGGCGGAGGAGGAAGUUGAGAAAAAGGAGGAGGAGAAGGCGGAGGAGGUGGAGGCCAGGCCUGAACCCGAAGCCAAAGGUAAAGGCAAAGCCAAAGCUGAAGUCCAGGUCUUAACCAGCCCAACCUGGGCCACUCUGCGAGAGCCUCAGCCUUACUCCUACCCCAUGGGUUACAUCUACACGAGCCACGGACUGCCCGCCUUCCAGCUCAACAUCUGCCCACCCCCGCUGCACCCCUGGGGUCACAGGAUUGUGCACAUGGGCUGCUGCCAAGACCCCACAGUAUACUGCUUACACCCCAUCACCUGGUCAUUCACGGGGCCAGGCCCAGCUUUUUUCCUCUGGGAACCCUAUGGAAACAGAGGAUCCAGGUAGCCAAGCGGGCAGCCAGUGACCUCUUGAAGACCAUGCAGGGGACUCUCCAGGGACGCAGGCCAUGCUGGACAGUGGUGUGGGUGGACCACAUAUGUCAGGAGAAAGACACACAAACCACCAAUCUCUGAGCCCUUUUGAGGCGUGGUCUCAGUAUGUAUUUCAGGGUUGACGUGUAGCUCUCAAGGACCCUCCAGACUCCCGAGGGCUGGGUUACAGGUGAGCACCACACCCACCUACUUAUGUUUUUAUGACUGAACCUAGGCCUUGCGCCAAUCCCCUCAUUGUUCGCUAAGUCAUCUGAGGACUUGAAGAUAAAAGGCACAGGUUAAUAAAAUUUUUUUAAAAUUUAAAAAAAUUCUAAAAAAAUUUUAAAAAAUUUUUAAAAGGCCGGGCGUGGUGGCGCACGCCUGUAAUCCCAGCACUUGGGAGGCUGAGGCAGGAGGAUCACUGGGAGUCUGAGAUCAGCUUGGGCUACAAAGUGAGCUCAAGGCCAGCCUGAGUGGCAUUAGUGAGACCCUGUCUCAAAAAAGACAGAAAGCAUGCAGGUUUCCGAGUGACCAUUUUUAAAUUAAUAAAUCUAUGUACUUCUA